AUGGCUUCUCGUGGCGUCGUCAUUUUUCUCCUCGCUGCUAUUCCCAUCUUGUGUUUAGAGCUCCGGCGUGGAAUUCCACAUCUAGGAAUUAGAGAUCUCAUAUUGCUUUGUGAAGAAGAGGAGGAGAAUGAGAAAAGGCGAAAACUUGUGAGAAAACAACAACAAGAGAUACAGAGUGAAAAGACCAGCAGAUACUUAGAGGAUGUUUUAAAACCUUCCCAGGAAAUGAAAUUGAAAAAACUAGAAGAGCGUUUUUAUCAGAUGACUGGUGAAACCUGGAAGUUAAGCAACGGUCACAAACUUGGGAGCGGUGAAGAUUUGGUGCUUGAAAAUGCAAGUCUGGCAUCUUUUGAAACUUCAAACAGAGAAGCAGCAAAGAGACGGAAGUUGCCUAAUUCUGGCACCAGAGUUACAGCACCUGUUGAAUGUCCUCCACAGAAGAAGGUUCUUGAUUUACCUGAAGAACCACCUGAAACAGCUGAUGAAGUAGUUACUGUUGCUCUUCGGUGUCCAAGUGGACGUUUCCUGAGGAGACGGUUUUUUAAGUCUUGUCAGUCACAGGUCUUACUUGACUGGAUGAUGAAGAUUGGUUACCACACAUCCUUAUAUGCCCUUUCUACUUCCUUUCCCAGAAGGCCUCUGGACAUGAAGGGAAGUUGGACACUGGAGGACAUAGGAAUAACUGUGGAUACUGUACUCAAUGUGGAAGAGAAAGAGCAAAGCAACUAA